CCAGACCUGAAAUGACACGCGUCUGCCAUGAGGGAGCACUUCGUGCACCUUAAUUCAUCGCCGAAUUCAUCUCUCACCACCUUUGCGAGAACAUGAGUACUGGCUCAGGCGACCCCUCUGCAACACCAAAGGUUGUUCGUACAGUGGUACAUGUGACACAUCCAGACCGGGACACUUUUUUCCAUGCUACAGCAGUUUCGAGCGAAUUCCUCAAAGCGAAUCAGAAGUAUGUCGGCGUAAAAUGUACGCAGUGCCAAACGAGAUUGGACAAACCUCUGAAAUGCGCAAAGUGUAAGAGUGUCUGGUAUUGCUCGAAAGAGUGCCAAAAGAAAAAUUGGUCCAAGCACAAACCAACAUGCCAUGAAGAUGAACGCUCCUCUGGGCUACUCAAACUUGUACAAAUGAUCAUCAUAAACCCAGUGAUUUUGGGGUACCUCAAACUCGGUGUCACCUUUGUCUGUGGCCUGCUCGACGAUCCCCGAAUCGGAUUCGAUACGCCGUUUAUGGCACGUGUUGAAAUUGCUAUUGAGCCAAGUGACAUUCUUGACUUUGCUGGAUUGUAUUUCAACGACAGAACUACUGGCGAGAAGCUUCAAGGAAUGGUACAACUCAAUGCAAUUACUGCGUGGAACCACAGUAUGCAAACUCCACUUACGCCAAAGCGACUCAGCAUGUGGCAUGAAGCUCGAGCAAGGCUUAACGCAGAGGGUUUCGCCAAAGAUCCUGUUGGACUCAUAGAGUUUUUCGGACGUAGUCCUACAUACGACAUAGGGAACUCAAUGACCGCUGAAUUCCACAUCCCCGCUAUGAUGCUUGCCGUCGCAAGGGGAGGUAAACCCUUCGAAUACGUCUCUGCUAUUACGGGCGCUCUAAUCAAGCAACCCCUGAGCGCUGUAGCAAGUCUAGAGCGUGUCAACUUGCAUAUUCGGGCUGAUAGGCAGAAUCAGUUGGGUUUGCGGACUGAGAUGACAGAACAAGACAAGGAAGCUAUUCGUGCUGCAGGCCGCAAUGAGGACGCACAUCCCUCUCGUAUUCUCAAAGAGAAGAUGCGAAGAGAACGCCUUUAUGCUGAAUUUGUGUAAAUUAGGCAUUCUCUCCUCCGCCUGCGACUAGUGAUCUUUCAAGUUACCCUUGGACUAUGCUUCACAACGGGGUGCGAGCCUGGAGCUUACCACGUGAUAAAGGCGUUCUGCUCACGCGCCUCGAAUUGGACGCCACGCCUUGUUUACG